GGGGAGCCGGGAAGGAGUAACCAAAGCCAAAUAGAAAGAAAGAAAGAAAGAAAGGCUGGGAGAGAGAAAAAGGGCGUUGCUUGGAUGGGGCUCUCCUUUCCACUCCCCUUUCCCAGGUCCCCAGCACCAGGGCAAGGCGCCUGCUUCCCCCCUUCAGUGCUGCUGCUGCUGCUGCUGCUGCUGCUCUUGCAAAACUGGAAUUGGCUGGGAUUAUUUAAGGAAAAAAAAAAGGAGAAGGGAUCAGAGCAGCUGCCAGAGAGAGGGCGAUAGAGUCCACUUUCCUCCAACUGCCCUGGGUCUCCCUCCCUCGCUCUCUUCUCUUCAGCAACACCAAGAGCCCCAAACUGAACCCAAAGCAGCUUUUUCCAUCAGUUCAGUUCCCUUCCCUUCCUCUGUCUCACACACGGCAAGGAGAGACCCCCUUCCUCCCCUUGAUUUUCCUUCGCAUGCUCAGCCCCUUGUUUCCUUUAAAGCACUAGAAAUCCCCCUUCUUGCCCCCGCUCCUCCCUGCAGACUGGGAUUGCAAUGGGAGCUUUGCAGAUUGCUGGAUUUUCCAUCCUUUUCUUUCUCCUCCACUCUGGAAACACUCUGGCAAAUAAAGCCAGUCAAGAUGUCGAUGAGUGCGUGGAGGGCACCGACAACUGCCACAUUGAUGCCAUCUGCCAGAACACUCCCAAGUCCUACAAAUGCAUCUGCAAGUCCGGCUACACCGGCGACGGGAAGCACUGCAAAGACGUCGAUGAAUGCGAGCGGGAAGACAACGCGGGCUGCGUCCACGAGUGCGUGAACAUCCCCGGCAACUACCGCUGCACCUGCUACGACGGCUUCCGCCUGGCGCACGAUGGCCACAACUGCUUAGACCUGGACGAGUGCUCAGAGGGCAACGGCGGGUGCCAGCAGACCUGUGUCAACAUGAUGGGCAGCUACGAGUGCUUCUGCAGGGAGGGCUUCUUCCUCAGCGACAACCAGCACACCUGCAUCCAGCGCCCCGAAGAAGGAAUGAACUGCAUGAACAAGAACCACGGCUGCGCCCACAUCUGCCGGGAGACCCCCAAGGGGGGCAUCGCCUGUGAGUGCCGCCCUGGCUUCGAGCUCACCAAGAACCAACGUGACUGCAAAUUGACCUGCAACUACGGGAACGGGGGUUGCCAACACACCUGCGACGACACCGACCAGGGACCCAAAUGUGGCUGCCACGUCAAGUUCCUGCUCCACUCCGACGGGGUGACGUGCAUAGGGGAGAGACACUUCCAGCAACACGUUAUCCUUGAGACGUUUUCUAAUGAGACGUGUGCUGUGAACAACGGGGGCUGUGACAGCAAGUGUCACGACGCGGCCACGGGCGUCCACUGCAGCUGCCCCAUGGGCUUCAUGCUCCAGCCUGACAGGAAGACCUGCAAAGACAUUGACGAGUGCCGGCUCAACAACGGCGGCUGUGACCACAUCUGCAGGAACACUGUGGGCAGCUUUGAGUGCAGCUGCAAGAAGGGCUACAAGUUGCUCAUCAAUGAGAGGAACUGCCAAGACAUCGACGAGUGCUCCUUUGACCGGACCUGUGACCACCUCUGCAUCAACACCCCCGGCAGCUUCCAGUGCCUCUGUCACAAGGGCUACACACUGUAUGGGCUCACGCACUGCGGAGACAUCGAUGAAUGCAGCAUCAACCGGGGUGGCUGCAAAUUCGGUUGCAUCAACACACCUGGCAGCUAUCAGUGUACCUGUCCCACCGGCUGCAAGCUGCACUGGAACAAGAAGGACUGUGUCGGUAUGUCAGGCCAGGAGCCACCACGGCUGGUGGAGGAGUUGGAGGAUUUGGGAUGCCAGGCUGGCGUCCCCAUGCCAUGCUCUGGAACCCUCUCCUCCCCAGUGAAUCCCCCCAUGAGCUGGGAGGGUGCAGGGGUCCCUUGUGGGUCCCUGGGCUGUGCCAGCCACAGGUGUCCCCGAUUGUCAUCACCAGCCGGCGCAUGUCCCAUGGAGCUGGUGAAAUGCCUGCCAGGUUCGGUGCCACCACGGGCCACCCUCACCUGCAACAAGACAGGCAAGAAGGAUAGCUGUGCCCUCUCCUGCACCUCCAAGGCACGAUUUCUGCCAGAGUCUGACAGCAGCUACACGGUGAGCUGUGGGACCCCCAUCCUGCGGCAGGGUGGCCAGCACAGAUCCACAAACAGCAGCCAACAGUGCCUCGAGACUGUCACUGCACCAGUCAAGCAGAAGGCCUCCUUCAAGAUCAAAGAUGCCAAGUGUUACCUGCACCCGCGGGCCAAGGGCAAGCAGGACGAGGCCGGGAAGGCCGGGGCACAAGGCGGUUCGGCCCCUUGCUCUGACUGCCAGGUCACCUUCGUCAACCUCAAGUGCGACUCAACCAAGAAGGGGAAGGGCCGCCGGGCUCGCAACUCCCCCAACAAAGAGGUGACACGCAUCACGUUGGAGUUCGAGGCGGAGAUCAAGCCGGAGGAGAUCACAGCCAGCUGCAACCUGCACUGCCUGCGACAGAGAGUGGAGAAAAAACUGAAGUCGGCCAUCAAAGCCCUGAAGAAAUCCAUCAACCAGGAGCGGUUCCUGCUCCGCUUCGCAGGGAUGGAGUACGAGGUGGCGCGGAAGCUGAGCGUGGCCCCGGAGCGGCAGGAGAGCUGCGGGCCGGGCCAGCAGCGCCUGGCUGGCAAGUGUGUCAGCUGCUCGCAGGGAACCUAUUACCACGGGCAGACGGAGCAGUGCGUGCCCUGUCCCCCCGGCACCUACCAGGAGAAGGAGGGGCAGCUUUCCUGUGACCUGUGUCCCCGCGGAGACACAUUCGGGCCUGUAGGAGCCACCAACAUCACCAGCUGCACAGGUCAGUGUCCCCCUGGCCAGCACUCAGCUGAUGGCUUCAAGCCCUGCCAGCUGUGUCCCCGUGGGUCCUACCAGCCCGAAGUGGGACGGGCGCUCUGCUUCCCUUGUGGUGGGGGGCUGACCACCCGCCACGAGGGAGCCCUCUCCUUCCAGGACUGCGACACCAAAGUCCAGUGCUCCCCAGGGCACUACUACAACACAAGUGUCCACCGCUGCAUCCGCUGCGCCGUGGGCACCUACCAGCCCGAUUUCCGGCAGAAUUACUGCAUCGCCUGUCCCGGCAACACCACCACCGACUUCGACGGCUCCACCUCUGUGUCCCAGUGCAAAAACCGGCAGUGUGGAGGGGAGCUGGGUGAGUACACGGGCUACAUCGAGUCGCCAAACUACCCGGGGAAUUACCCUGCCAACGUCGAGUGCACCUGGAACAUCAACCCGCCACCCAAGCGCAAGAUCCUCAUCGUGGUGCCAGAGAUCUUCCUCCCCUCUGAGGACGAGUGUGGCGACGUCCUGGUCAUGCGGAAAAACUCCUCCCCAUCCUCUAUCACCACCUAUGAGACGUGCCAGACCUAUGAGAGGCCCAUUGCCUUCACCGCCCGCUCACGGAAACUGUGGAUCAACUUCAAAACCAGUGAAGCCAACAGCGCCCGGGGCUUCCAGAUCCCCUAUGUCACCUAUGACGAGGACUAUGAGCAGCUGGUGGAGGACAUUGUGCGGGAUGGCAGACUCUACGCCUCUGAAAACCACCAGGAGAUCCUCAAGGACAAGAAGCUCAUCAAAGCUUUCUUUGACGUGCUGGCACACCCCCAGAACUACUUCAAGUACACCGAGAAGCACAAGGAGAUGCUGCCCCGCUCCUUCAUCAAACUCCUCCGCUCCAAAGUCUCCAGCUUCCUUCGGCCUUACAAAUAGCCCCCCGCGCCCCCGCCGUCCCAGGCCGCCCCGCAGCCAAGGAAACCCUCUUCUCCCUUCCUUCUUUCCGAUUUUUCCUUCCUCCACCCGGCUCUGGCAGGAUCACCACCGCUCAUCCCGCAGACAUCUCCCCACGAUUUCCCCGCCGCUCCCUGCAGAGCAGUGCUCCCAGCCUUGGGGAUGCUCUGGCCUCAUCCAGCUGGGGACGAAGCCGCUCCCUUUUUUCAAAGCAGCUUCUUCGUUUUAGGAAACUGAAGUACUGGUCCUUUCACUGUCCUCUGUCCUGCCUUUGGUUUCCUUUUCGCCAGGUCUGUCCAUGUUCCCUGGUGCCACCGGCAGCCCAGGACACUGAGGGGGUCACUGUCCUUCCAGCCCUUGGGGCUGGUGCUGGCUGCAGCCCCACAGAGCCCUUCGCAGAGGAGUGCAGGGGGUGAAGCCGUGUUCACCACAGCGCUGGGCCGUGGGCAUCGGUGCUGCUUUGCAGAGGUUGGGGGAAAGACCAUUGACAAAGCCGACUUGAUUAAAAAGGAAACGUAAAGGAGAGAUGGCAAAGCCCACCAGCAUGGCAGUGUGGUGGCUCCGUGGCCAUCCCGCUGGAGAGCCGGGCUGGCACUCAGAGGGAAGUGCAGCCAAGCCACAUUCCCAGAGAACAAUGUCUGGCUGCACAGGAGAAAACAGGGAGCAAAGGAGAAGGACUUUCAGCUGGGUUCGAUUUUUUUUUUCCCCCAACUCCAGACACUUGUGCCAAGAAACCAGACUUUGUUACAAGCUCGGCCAAAGAGUAACUCAGAAAAGCAAGCUUUGAGAAGAGCAGGAGUCAAUGUUUGUGCACUAGGAUAUACUCCUUUCUACCUUUCUCAUAUGUAUUAAGUGCAAUCAUUUGAGUCUUCUUUUUAUUAUUUAGAGGGAAGUUGUGGUUUUUUUUUUUCUACUAGAAAUGACAAUAUUUAUACCUGCCUGAGAAAUGAGAAUGUGCAUUUGCAAGAAAACAAAAACCACCCACCUAGAGCAAGCCUGGCCCUGGGCUGCACUUACCGGCACGAUGACGUCUUCAGGCCUUUUCUGCCACAUUUGUCCCCAGUAAAGGCCCCUGUUCUGGGGGGAGAUGGUGCCUCUCCUGCUCAGGACAAUGGGGUGAGUUUUUGCAGGGAGUUUGAGGCAUCUUGAUCCGUCCACAGGGGGUGGAGCAGCUGAGCUGGCCGUGCCCUUUCAGGCUCAUCUGCCACGGUUUGGGUGCUGUUCAAGCCUCAUUGCGAGGGGGAUCAGAACUUGGCCCAUCAUCUGCUUGUUGCAAACUGAUCUGCUUUCCCGCAGGGGCUCACGGAUGAGCCAAGACCAUGGAAGAUGGAGUGGCAGCUCCUAAGGUCAGGUCUGGGGCACGCUGGGAGGAGAGGGGAGCUGCGCCUCCACUCAGCCCCUAAAUUUUUCCCCCAGGUACGGAGAGAUCUGGAGGCAGAGCCACCCUCCCGCCUCUGGGCAGCCUUUGUGCUUCCAAGUUUCUCUUCCAAGGUGCUUUUGGCUCCGUCCUUCUGCACAGUGCUCGUCCCACAGGGAUGCUGUGGAAGCCCCUCCCCAGGGAAUGGGGUGCAGAUCCUGGGAAAGACCCAUCCUGCCACCUGCUGUUUUACUGCCACCUGCCUGCCCCCUGCUUUGCAGACUUGGUUCGGGGCAAGGGCCGGGUGGACACCACUGGUGGGUUUGAUCCCCAGCAUGCAGACAGACAGGACCUCCAGGGACAGGUGACUGCUGCCACCAGUCAUCCCUCCUCGUCCUUCCCCAGCCUCCCUCCCUUUCCAGUCCUGCCACCAGCUCUCAGCUAUCAUCUCCCUGUGCCUUCAUCCUCUCAAAAACCUGGAGUUGUCAGAACUAAACAUGGUCAACUUGCCUACAGCUCUGCCAGAGGCAGGUCCCCUCCCACCCUUGUACCCACCUGUCCCUCCCCAUCCCUUUGCCCACACCUGGGCCCAUGGGCCCAGCCCUGCUUUUAACAAACCAAUUAUUUAUUGCUCUGCACAUCCCACUGGGAUGUCUUUCCUGAAUCCAGGAGGCAGCUGCUCAUCCCUGUUUUCCCUCCUUGAUCCACACUGCUCCAGCACUCCAAGAGCCUCUCCCAGGCUCCGUGAGGGGCUGCCAGCAGGGUGAGCACUGGCACAGGGGCUGAGGUUUGAGGUUUGUCCCCAAGAUGUGUCAGUUGGAAAAGUCUGUCCUGAUUCAUCCCAGCUGUGGAUUUUCCCCUCCUGCCGCCGGCUCCCAGCCUGUUUGGAAGCUCCCCAUCUGUGGGCCGUGCUGUUUACCACUUGGUUGCUGUCUGAAAGCAGCUGCUUUGAUGCACAAAAGCUGCUGCAGGGAUCUGGAGGGGCUUUGUGGCUGUGCAGGGCAGUGACCCUUGAGAGAGUCCUUCAGAAGAAAAAAAACCAGCAAAAAUACAAGUCUGGGAAUAACCAACCCCACUGUGGUGCCCCAGUCCACAGCAGUCCAGCAAAGAGUUCAUUAACUCUGGGUGAUCUAACAUGGGCUCAC